AUGUCCAUCAAACGCAUCAUAGCCACGACCUCCACGACCUCCAACCCUUCCACGACCUCCACCACUGCCACCUCCCCCUCUUCCUCCUCUCUGUCCGCCUUCACCUCCUGCACGACCUACAUCCAGUCCUUACCCCCUACCCUAUCCAACAGUACCAAACUCCAUCUCUACGCUCUCUACAAAAUCGCCACUUCUUCCCCCUACCCUUCUACGCCCCGUCCCGGAAUCUGGGAUUUCUCUACGAGGGCCAAAUGGGACGCUUGGAAUGAGUUGGGUCGAGGCGAGGUUGCGUUCUCGAUGGGUGGGGAGGAGAGUCGGACGAAUGCGAUCGAGGCUUAUGUUGAGGAAGGGAUGAGGUUGGGGUGGCGACCUGAACGAGGGGUCGAGGAAUUGGAGAGGGAGGGUUUGGACGUUCCGGAGGAGGAGGUGAGCGCGGGUGAGGGGAAGGGGAAGAGGAAGGAAGGGGGUGGUGCGGGUGCGGGUGCAGGUAGUGCGAUGGUCAAGGUAUCGACGAUGUUGAAUCAAGAGCAUGAAGAGGAUGAUGACGCGUCAGUUUCCUGAUCGGUAAAAGGAGUCCGCCUCGAGCGACGAUCUCAUCGAUUUGAAAAUUCCUCCUCUUUCCAGCCCUAAAUCACCUCUCCACGAACUCGCCCUCGACGGCGACGCCACAAGAUUAGAAGCCUAUCUCCAACAAAGAGCCAAAGAAGACCUCAACGUCGACGAACUGGAUUCCUACGGUUUCACACCGAUACACCUUGCGACGGAUCGAGGUAGGAGUGAAGCUAGCAGAAUUGCUCGGAGGUUUGCAUGGGGGGGGGGGGACCUGACCAUCUUGAGAUCACUUGUACACAGGUCAUUUGGACCUUGUCAAGAUCUUGCUUCGGUAUGGGGCGAAUAAGAAUAUACCUGUGAGUUCAAUAAUCCUACCAGACUUUUCGACGAAGCACGAAGCACGAUUCAUCGGACCUUUCUCCCUUCAGGACCAAGACGGGAACACGCCGCUCCAACUCGCCGAGAUGGCGGGCCACGACGAAUUGCUCGAAUUGUUGCGGUAG